AUGUCUACCUCGCUCAAGUCCUCCACCAUUGCCGCGGUGAGCGCCGGCGCCGUUGUCACUGGCCUGCUCGCAUACGCCGUCUACUUCGACCACCGGAGGCGAACAGACCCAGAUUUCCGGAAGGCGCUGAAGAGGGAGUCCAAGAAGCAGGCCAAGGCCGCGAAAGAGGAGGCCCAGUUACAGUCCGUGCAGCAGAAGAAGCUUGUCAGGCAGGCUGUGGAUGCGGCGAGUGAGGAGGGUUUCCCUACGGAUGCGGAGGAGGUCGAGGCAUACUUCAUGCAAGAGGUUGCGCGCGGAGAGCAACUGUGCCAGGAUGGCGCAGACGCAAUGGAUGCAGCCUUGUGCUUCUACCGCGCUCUCAAGGUCUAUCCUCAGCCCAGAGAGCUUAUCACCAUUUACGAUAAGACCGUCCCGAAGCCUGUACUUGACGUCCUGGCCGAGAUGAUUGCAGUGGACUCGAGCAUUCCCAUCGGCAAGCCAACCCCCGCCGGCUCCGCAGACGGUGCAGAGGGGGAAACGGAUUAA